GAGGAACCCGUGGCCCCCCUGGAUGAAAGUGCUGUGAUGAAAGCGUAUCAGGAAUCGCUUGUCGAGGAGCCCAGGGAUCACCUGAACAUCGUGUUCAUUGGGCACAUCGAUGCGGGGAAAUCCACGUUGGCCGGUCAAAUUCUCUUUCUCACGGGCGGUGUGGACAAGCGCACCAUCGAGAAGUACGAGCGCGAGGCCAAGGAGAAGAACCGCGAGGGCUGGUACAUGGCCUAUAUCAUGGACACGAACGAGGAGGAGCGUGUCAAGGGUAUCACCGUAGAGGUCGGCCGUGCCCACUUUGAGACAGAGAAGAAGCGGUAUACCAUCCUUGACGCACCGGGCCACAAAAACUACGUGCCCAACAUGAUCCAGGGAGCCUGCCAGGCGGAUGUGGCCAUUCUGGUCAUUUCGGCGCGGAAGGGCGAGUUCGAAACUGGUUUCGAACGCGGUGGUCAGACCCGUGAGCACGCCCAGCUGGCCAAGACCCUGGGCGUGACCCGCCUCAUCGUGGUGGUCAACAAGCUGGACUGUCCCUCAGUUGCAGUGGAGGGGAAGUGGGACGUGGCUCGGUUCGACCAGAUCGUGAACGGUUUGACACCCUUCCUCCGGCAAUGCGGCUACAACCUGAAGAAGGAGGUGACCUUUUUGCCCCUGGCUGCACUGUACGGCCACAACAUCCGAGAGCCCGUGUCAAAGGACCUGUGCGGCUGGUACGAGGGAGACACGCUGUUCCAGGUUCUCGACAACAUCGAGCCGCUCGAGCGCAACCCCCUGGCUCCCUUCCGCAUGCCCAUUGUGGACCGCUGGAAGGACAUGGGCACCAUUGUGAUGGGCAAGAGCGAGUCGGGUUUCGUGCGGGUGGGGGAUGUGUUGCAGGUCAUGCCCAACAAGUUGCGUGUCAAGGUGGAUGCGGUGUUCCGGGACGAGAAGGAGACUCAGUCGGCUCGUAGCGGGGAGAACCUGCGGUUGCGGCUCAGCGGGGCGGAUGAGGCGGACAUCUCCCCGGGCUUUGUGCUGUCUUCCAUCAAGAACCCCGUGCCUAUGGUCACACAGUUCGAGGCGCAGCUGGUGAUUGUUGAGUUGUUGGAGCACAACCCCAUCUUCACGGUGGGCUACAAGUCAGUCCUGCAUAUCCACACGGCCUGCGAGGAGUGCGAGGUGUCCAAGCUGAUUGCGGAGAUCGACCCAAAGACCAAGGAGCAGAAGAAGGUCAAGUACAUCAAGAGCGGCGGGAUCUGUAUCUGUCGCAUCACGGUAGACAAACCCAUCUGCAUCGAGUCCUUCGCUGAUGUGCCCUCACUGGGCCGCUUCACACUGCGUGACGAGGGACGCACCAUUGCCAUUGGCAAGGUCGUCAAGCUGCCCAAGGUGCACUAGAGCCUAACGUCCGCCAGCUAGGCGGCCGAGCAGUAGGCGUGCUGGGCGGUGUUAAAAGGCCGGUGGCUUCGGGCAGUACAACAUGCUGAGCUCAAGUUGAUUAAGCACACUUGGGGGGUUGGGGCAGCCAGGGCGGAAUAUAUGGAGAGGCAGGAGCAGUAAAACGGAGCAGUAACUAGAGGAAGAAGCCCAGGAAGGAGGCUAGAAGGCUACUGCGUGGAAUUGUCAUGCCAAGAAGGGGGUGGUGGGGUGGGUGUGUAGAAGUGGUGUUUACGCGAUAACUAGUGAGGCGGGACUGGGUGGGGCGGCAGAUUCUCAUGAUCAUCUCACAGGAUCAGUUGGUGCGGUGAGAGCUGGGUCGCCUUGCUUGCUGCAGAGGAGACGUAAACACGUUUGCAGUAGGCGGCGGCUCACGACAGCAGGACGACCAAUGUCGGAGGCAUGCCGCAGCUCCUGUUGUAGGCACAUGGCGUACCCUAAAGUCUGCCACCAGUCUGCACACCAAACUCAUCCCUUGACAUCCCGGCUAGGGGAUAUGAGUGGGUUCGGGCAGGCUAGUCGGGUUCAUCCUGACUUCACACCUCUAUGGUGCAUCACUACUUGCGGUGUGUUACAGGUUCCUCCCCCGCUCCAUGAUUCCUCGGGAAGGUAAGAUAGCAGGCGGCGGGAGGCAGAGGUACAGUUGGUGACGACUGUCGCUGCGGGUCCUGUCAGCUAGUGUCUUUGUUGCCCGGGAAGCAUACGGUUGGCAGCAAGGUGCUGUUUGUCGGUACUCCCAUCGGGUUAUAGGAAGAACGACUUAUGUUACCUAUAAUUAACGAACUGGCAGGCGUUCUGGGAGGUCUUGACGGCGUUGGUUCUAUGUAAGGGCCUGAGGCGGAUACCCAAGAUGGUUUAAUGGGCGUUGGGUAGCGGCUCUGAGCCAGCACGUGCUUGAGGACACAUUUGUGUCGAGAUGCAGCUGCGUGCAAUAGUGGUGUGCCUGCCUGCUUCCAAAAGUGGCGAUGAUAUCCGUCAGUCUUUGAUGGGGUAGGGCGGUUGAUCGCAGCUGCUCUCGCAAAGAUGGUCCUGAGCAACAGGAUCAGAGUAGACACUCACAGCAGUGGGUGUGGCUUCUACUGAGUGGGGUUCGGAUGGGAUGUGUUAGUCCUCCUUUCCCUG